AACAGACAUUCUUCGUCGUUUUAAUUGCCUCCCUCAGGCCUGAACCUCACAGGAUCACAUGUGAAAGACAAGCGAGAAUCUCCAGAGAAGUUGCGUUCAUGGCUUCGAUUUGAAUCACGUCUCCCGCUUUCGUCACUGGUGUCGCAGUAGAAGAACUUUGUGACGAGUAAUUGGUUCUGUCUGAUUUUCUUUUUGGGGUUUGAAACCAUAUUACCAGGUUUAUAUUAGAUAUCAUGUUGUGCGCUUGCUCCGGUGAACAAUUCAAGUUUGAAGAAGUUCCUCAGUCACCAGAAUCACUGGCAACGAGGGACUUCUCAGUCAGUGGCCUCUCUUCGAGAACAGGUGACUGGGAGUCGAGGUUUGAGGAUAGCCAGGUCGAAGACGUUGAAUCCACUCUGAAAGAAGCUCUCUCUUUAAAUUAUGAGGAAGCGAGGGCCUUGCUAGGACGAUUAGAAUAUCAGAGAGGAAAUUUUGAUGCCGCACUCCAAGUGUUUCAAGGGAUCGAUAUUCGGAGUUUAACACCAAGGAUGACAAAGGCUAUCAUUGCAAGAACUCAGCAAAGAAAAGGGCGUCAUAAAGUGGAAAACAUGCAGACGAGUACAAUGUCAAUGCACUCGGUGAGCCUGCUGCUCGAAGCGAUAUUACUUAAAGCAAAAUCAUUGAAGGAGCUUGGGCGUGCUAAUGAGGCUGCAAAAGAGUGUCAAAUAAUUCUGGAUACAGUUGAAUCUGCUUUACCCACUGGAAUGCCUGAAGGUAUUGCUGAGGAUUGCAAGUUGCAGGAGAUGUUUCACAAAGCACUGGAAUUGCUUCCUAGGCUCUGGAAACAGGCAGGCUUUCUUAAUGAAGCUAUCACUGCAUACCGCCGAGUUCUAACCAAACCCUGGAAUUUGGAUGCCCAGAGGUUGGCCAGCGUUCAGAAAGAUUUGGCCGGAAUUCUACUCUAUGGUGGCGUUGAAGCAAGUCUUCCUCCCCAAUUGCAAAUAUGGGGAGCAACAACUCCCAAGAAUAAUACGGAGGAAGCAAUUCUCUUGCUGUUUAUACUGAUGCAGAAGGUGGCAUUUCAGGAAAUAGUUUGGGAUCCUGAAAUCAUCGAGCAUUUGACUUAUGCGCUUUCAGUGUCUCAUCAAUUUGGGGUUUUGGCUGAUCAUGUUGAACAGGCCCUGCCAGGUAUUUACAACCGAGCCGAAAGGUGGUAUCUUCUUGCCCUUUGUUACAGUUCUGCUGGGCAGAAUGAAGUGGCCUUGAACCUUCUAAAGAAAGUUUCAGGUCAUUCGGAGGAGCGUGCACCUCAUCUUCCUUCACUGUUGUUAGGAGCAAAGUUAUGCUCAGAAAAUCCAGAGCAUGCUCAUGAUGGAAUAGAUUUCGCUCGGAGGGCAGCCAAUUUCAGUAAGCAUCACAAUGAGCAUUUUGCGGGUAAGGCACAUCAACUGCUUGGUGUUUGUUAUGGAACUGCGGCUAGAGUUUCUGUGUCAGAUUCUCAAAGGGUUCUUCUAAAAAGUGAGUCUUUGAAAUACUUAAGCAAUGCGGCGCUGCGUGAGAAAGAUGACCCAGAAGUGUUGUUUAACUUUGGUUUGGAGAAUGCUGUUCAAAGGAACCUGACCGCAGCUACUGAAAAUGCAACAAAUUACUUAGACAUGGUGGGUGGAAGCUCAGCAAGAGGUUGGAAGCUAUUAGCACUGCUCAUCUCUGCAGAGCAGCGGUUCAAAGAUGCUGAAACCAUAAUCAACCUUGCCUUGGAUGAUGCUGGAAGAAAGGACCAAUUAGAACUUCUAAGGUUGAAAGCUGUACUUCAAAUUGCUCAGGAACAUCCCAAAACUGCGAUAGAGACUUACAGAAUUUUGCUUGCUCUGAUUCAAGCACAAAAGGAGUUUAAAACCAUGGUGAAUGACUCUGAGGUGGUAACAGAAACAAAUUUAGAAAUGGAGGCAUGGCAAGGUUUAGCGGACAUUUAUAGAAAAUUUGGUUCAUGGCACGAUGCCGAAAUUUGUGUUGAUAAAGCCAAGUCCGUUGGAUUUUAUUCUCCAAAGAGUUGGCAUGUAUCAGGGAUGCUAUUUGAAGCUCAGUCAUUAUACAAGGAUGCACUUGUGGCCUUCUCAAUUGCCAUGUCAAUUGAACCAAAUUAUGUACCGAGCAUGGUUUCAACAGCAGCAAUACUGAGAAAGCAUGGUUUGCAAGCGCUUCCAAUAGCAAAAAGCUUCCUGAUGAAUGCUCUACGAUUAGAGCCCACGAACCAUGAGGUGUGGUUGAAUCUUGGAUAUGUAUCAAAGAUGGAAGGCUCCCUACUGCAAGCUGCAGACUUUUUCCAGGCAGCACAUGAGCUCAAGCAGUCAGCUCCAGUUCAAAACUUCGUUUGAUGAUGGUUUAUCUUCUUUAUCGUGAUGGAUCAGGUUUCUAUAAUAAGAGCUCAACGUGAGAUGCUAUGAAGUAGCCACAGAACUGGGCUUUAUUCCAACUGAAGCCCAAUUCAUACUUGCUUGGAACUCGAGAAGUGGGACCCGCAAUCAAGAUAUCCGCUGUAAUAUCUGUAUUACCUUGUUGCAUUUAAAAUGUACAUACGUUAGUUACCCAGGUG